GGAAAAACUCAGUGUUGCAGAGCUGCUCAUAGAAGAGAGAACAAGACAAGGAGGGAGGUGGGGACACUGACAGGAAAACAAGACAUCUGACAAGAGAAAAACCUCAGUUAAAACAGAAAAUUUGUUUGGAUAAAAGGUCAGUUUCCACAAGAACAGAAGGUUGGGCAGUUGGAAAAGAGACUAUUAGCAUAUAUAUAGCAGAUAUUAGCUUAGGUUGUGCAGAGCUGCCUGAAAGAUGUUCUUCCUUUUCUUGUUGUGCAUGUGUGGUCUCCUGCUGCGAGGUAAUGCCCAGGACCGAGCCUCUCUGUGGAGGGGGAAUGACCGGACUGGACAAUGCCAAUACACCUUUACUGUACCCAGUCCCAUGGAGGCAACCUGCCCACAGGUUGGAGGUCCAGAGGUGGAGGGCCUUAAGACCAGACUCAGCGUACUCGAGGCACUGAUGUCCCAGCUCAGUGGAAAGGACCUUCAACCACGGGGAGGUCACCAAGGGGUCAGUGCGAGACCUCAGCCUGAGCUUCAGGAGGCACUCAACCGAGCUGUAGGAGAGAGGAACCUGCUGCAAGGCGAGAAGGAGAGACUGGAGAGGGAGCUGGAGACACUUAAACUCAGGAUGGAUGAGAUGAGAAGGGAGACGGAGAGGCUAAGGAGCAGACCGUGUCUUACUCAGAACCCAGUAGUAGCACCCAGCUCCACUCAGCAGGACUGGGGCAGAGCCAGACCUGCUGCUGGGUCCAAUCAGAUGACCCACCUCAUGACGAGGCCCAACAGGCAUGGCGACAGCAGCAACCUGAGAGAUUCAGCCUGGCAGUAUGGAGCACUGAGCUUUCAGGAACUGAAGGCUGAGGUGACCGAGGUACCUGCUCCUGAUGGCACUGUUGACAACACAGGAUGCGGCGAGGUGAUUUCCGUGGGCGUGCCGGUUACUCACAGGAAGGCCGACAACAUUGCAGGUAAAUAUGGUGUUUGGAUGCAGGAUCCUGAGGCCGUUUCCCCCUAUGGGCCCAACAUGCUCUGGCGCAUCGAUACAAUUGGUACCGAGAUCAGGCAACUGUAUGGGUAUGAUGACAUGGAGCAGCUCUCCAAAGGCUUCCCAUCCAAGGUCCUGCUGCUGCCAGACCCAUUAGAAAGCACUGGAGCCACUAUGUACCGCGGAUCCCUGUACUACCAGAGACGGUUGAGUCGCACUCUGAUCCGCUAUGACCUGGCCGCUGAGCACGUCGCAGCCCGUCGUGAACUACCUCAUGCUGGCUUCCACGGUCAGUUCCCCUAUUCCUGGGGAGGCUACACAGAUAUCGACCUGUCUGUAGAUGAAAAGGGGCUGUGGGCCAUCUACUCCACCAGUAAGGCUCAAGGAGCUAUUGUGAUCUCAAAGCUGGAUCCACACAGUCUUGAGGUGAAGAAGAGCUGGGAGACCAGUAUCAGGAAAGCAUCUGUCGCCAACUCCUUCAUGAUCUGUGGGAAGCUUUACACCGUGGCUAGCUAUGCAGCUCGGGACACCACCAUCAACCACGUGUACGACACAGGAACCAGCCAAGGGAAGGCUGUGUCCAUCCCCUUCAAGAACAAGUACGGCUACAACAGCAUGAUUGACUACAGUUUGGCCCAGAGGAAGCUGUUCGCCUGGGACAACUUCCACCUAGUGUCCUAUGACCUCAGGCUGGGUCGUCAGCAGGCCAACAGAGGCCACCAUGAAUGACUGAUGAAAAGGGACAUUUGCUCACUUGUACCUGCUUCAAAGACUCAGUUGUAGACCAUAACAUGAGCGGCAGCAGUAGAAGCAAAUUUAUGAAAACAAGAAGGCCAACAGUUAGUCAGUUUCCAACCUGUCUGUUGAAGAAGUUAAGUAAAAAUCCAUGUUCAAUAAGUUAGGACAACCUAAAAUUUAAGAAAAUCGUCUUUCUUGUAAGCGACAGAAAAUGUGGUUUUUAAUGACCUGAUAUGGUUUUCUUCUCUUUGUUUUGGUAACUCUGAAUGAGAUAUUUAAAACUCCCCUUGCUGAAGCAAAACCAAACAUUUUUGACCAUAUUUUAUGGUAUCUUGACUUACUAGGCAGUGAUCGUUUCUUUACAAGGUGGGAGAGACAAAUUGUGGCUCUGUUGUCUUUCCAAAGAAGCUAACACAACCAGUUCACCUGUAGGAAAACUAUCAAACUCCAAAAAGAAACAUUGGAGGAACGGUGCCCUGGGCAGUUCUCCUUUUUAUUUACUGUGGCAUGGUCCACAAUUUUGUUUUCAGAGGAAUUAUUUUUGUACCGCCUUUAAUCCACAUGUGUGAUUUUGAUAUUUUCCAUGUUAAGCUAUAUAUUUGGAAAUUAAACCAUGAGUCAGUUUAACCAAAAUGAAUAAAAAUAAAGGACACUGAUUUAAUUAGCCAACAUCUGCCGCUACAACUGCUCCCAUGCAGCAUGUAUUAAAUAUUGCAUGUAUUUGCACAGUGUAAUCAACAUGUGUUCAAAAUCAAAUCAUGAAAUAAACUUUAUUAAUAACA